GCGGCUGGUAGGAAAAGGCGUAGCUAGUAAACAUCACAGAAAGCCGAAAUCACACAGCGGACAUUAGAGCCUAAAAACACCGACUCUUUUAACAUCAUACUCGGUUCACACAGAGCCUGUCGGUGUCGUCCGUUCUGCUGUAACCGUCGGUGGUUGUCACAGCAACUGUCAGCGUCCCCAAGAAAAAAGGCAGUUGGGGCGUUAGCAUAGCAAACUAGCAUAGCAACCUAGCCUUAGCAACCAAAGCUAGCAUUAGCAUCAGACGAUUAACAAGAUGAUAGCGCUAAUCAACAAACUGCUGGACUGGUUCAAGGCACUCUUCUGGAAAGAGGAGAUGGAGCUGACCCUGGUGGGGCUGCAGUACUCCGGGAAAACGACCUUCGUCAAUGUGAUAGCGUCGGGCCAGUUCAGUGAAGACAUGAUUCCUACAGUUGGAUUCAACAUGAGGAAGAUCACAAAGGGCAACGUCACCAUAAAGUUGUGGGAUAUCGGCGGCCAGCCUCGGUUCCGGAGCAUGUGGGAGCGUUACUGUCGAGGAGUCAGCGCCAUCGUCUACAUGGUGGACGCAGCAGACCCAGAGAAGAUCGAAGCCUCCAAGAACGAGCUCCACAACCUGCUGGACAAACCGCAGCUGCAGGGAAUUCCUGUUUUGGUUCUGGGCAAUAAGAGGGACCUACCAGGAGCUCUGGAUGAGAAGGAGCUCAUAGAGAGGAUGAACCUGUCGGCCAUCCAGGACAGAGAGAUCUGCUGUUACUCCAUCUCCUGCAAGGAGAAAGACAACAUCGACAUCACUCUUCAGUGGUUGAUCCAACACUCCCGGACUAAGAGGAGUUCCUGAGAACACACACGCCCCCCAACAGAACAGGCCAUGCCCACCUGUCCUAACGCACACACACACACACACACACACACACACACACACACACACACACACACACACACACACACAUACAUACACUUGCUCUUUGAUCAAACCCCCCUAACCCCCUCAUACCCCCCCUCCUCCCCAUCAUCGUAUUUAUACCUCCUCACCCCUCCAUACUCUCUCCUCUACAGCUAUGGAUGCACUGAUGCCUCAUUUUAGUAUUUUAUUGAAUAAGGUAUUUCAUCGUGACAGAAGCAGGAAGGUCGUCAGACACCAAAACCUCCCGAUGGCAUUUCAUAAUUUAAACAAACCUAAUCAUGUUUCAAAUCAUUUAUAACCUGACACUUUCUGGGAUUUCCCGCAAUAAAUAAAAUGCGAUUUAAAACACCGCAUCCUGAUCCUAAUGAAUCAGAAAUGUGUCUCGGCUCUAAUAAUAAUAAGCACGUUUUCUUUAGAGUCAUUGAAUCAUGUGAUAGAAGGACAACUCUCCCUCAUACAUUCAAUAUCUUUGAGAUGGAAAAUGACACAGAGGGGAAAUCCCUGACAUGCAGCCAUGUUUGCCUCUGUGACAGUUUGACAGUUAAUUUGAAGCAUUAAAUGAACUUCAUCAAACGGAAGUCUUCUGUACUAAAGCACACAUAAAUACCAGCAGGUUGUUUUUUCUGCAAAAGCACGAGACGAAGCUCCGGAAAUACUGCGAUUUCAACCGUAGUUACUAACAGUAUUUUAAAUCUUAUACGACAUACGUCUUUAUUCAUACAAUAGUUUAAGUGUUAUUUCACCCAAAUUACAGAACACACACCGUAGUAUAGGGAGCGUUUCUCCGCUAGAAAGUACUCCCUGAAAAGUCAAAACAGUCGACAGUCAGGUGUGUAGAUUAUCCCCCAAACAAUACAAGAAAUAAAAGAGUAAUUUGGGUGAAUUUACUUUUAGUGUUUAAUGCUAAAAAGUGGUCUCAGUGCGUCUGAACAGAUCUCCACAACGGCCUCCAUGAAUACAUUUGUAUUUAUGAACUGGUUUGGAUCCUAAACAAUCAUCCUGGUCUGUAAACAUCGUCCAUUUUGACUUUUAAUCUCAAACUGUUAAGAAGGCCCUUCCUUACAUACACACAUUUAGCAUUAUGAGCUGGAGCCUGUUGUGUGGAUCUUCCUCCCAUGACCCUCCUCUGCAUCCCCCCCCUCACCUUCAUCAACAGUAACCACAAAUCUGCCUUCAUCAUUUCCUCCCUCCUCCUCCUCUGUUGAUUUCCUUGCCUCCUUUCCUCCUUCCAGCGCCCCUCUCUACCUCCACAUCCAUCCAUCCAGCCACACCUCCAUUAUUUCACAUUUAUAUAAUCCCGAAAAGCCCCUCUUCCUCUCGCCUGUUGUAAACUGCUUGUCCUCCUCUGUGUUCCCUCUAUCCUUCCUUCCUUCCUUAUUUUUGGAUGUUACCUCCUUACCUUGAUGCCAAGCCCCGCCCCCUUUUCGCCGCCUCUCUCGCUCUCCCGCCGAGCGAGGGAUUAAAAACCUUUUUAUUGCACUGUUGAUUUUGGUUUUGUAAGAUAUUAAUAAUGAGAAUAAUGUUAAUAAUCUUCUUAUUGUGACAUAACCUGGUCUGUCCAGAACUUAAGGAAGUGGUACUCUAACAGCAGAAGGAGAAAUGUGUUUCUGUUCAUAUCUCUGUAAUAAGCUUUUUAUUUCUUAUUGUUUUAUAUUGUUGUUAUUUUUAUUUUUUUGACUUCACAAGUCAGUGUUUUCUGCUCUGAGACGUCUGCUGAUUGGACCUGGGGUGUCAUGUGAUCAAAUGCAACGUACACACAUCUUGUCGGAUUAAAUGGAGCGAUGUAAUUAAUUAAGCGUUAUAACUCCCACAUAUUAAAUGUUUAUUUUAAAAUCGAUUUAUUUAAAAGUGUUUAUGCCUUUAUUUUCCUCUUGUCACAUUUUCAUCGUUCUCGGCACCAGGAGGAAAUCUGGAUAUCUUUAGAAUCUCAACAGAAACAGAAAAGGUCCAAAUCCCGUCUUUAAAUGACAACAUAUGGAAGUCUUUGUCUGCCAAUAUUUAAACAAUAGAUGGUGCAUUUUUGUGCAUGUAUUAACGGAUUUAAAUGUCAAAGAUAUGAUGAUUUUAUUGUUGAAAAUUAAAAAUGGCUAUCACAAUAAAACGCAUUCAGUAACGAUGCUUUUCAGUGUGCUACCCGUCAUACGGACAAUCAACUUGAUGUUGCAAAUGGAAAUUAAAAAAGAAAACACAACCUUGACAUUGUGUUUAAAUAACAUCCCAGUUUUUGCCUUUUUAAAAUAAUAUAUUAAGAUUAGAAAGAGAAACUGCGGGGUUAGAUUAUUCAAAAAGAUCAUGGAGGGUGGGAUUAACAACUGGUGUCCAGCUCGGUAGUACAUUGUCAGUUAUAAUGCAUUCUCAAACCCAAUAAGGCCAGCUAUGUGUUUCAUUUUUAUUUGAUAUUGUCAGCCAUUGACUUCCACUCAAACAGUGUUUACUGUCUUUAUGAUAAACGCAUCGUUAGGAAUGUGGUUUACGGGCAGGAUUUGGACUGUGAGACCCUGAAUGACGCUAAACAAGAACAUCGACUUUCAUCCAUUUUAUUUAGCUGGUCUAAGUACCACCAGCUGAUGGUGAGAGCAAAGGAUUGUGGGUUUUCAUUGGAGAGAAUGGCAGCAUUUUAAAGCAUUUAGGCCUUUAGACGGUUAAGUAAUCCAUUUAAAUCAAACGGCAUCGACUUUAGCAAAACAAGAGCAAGUAGGUUUCUUCAGCUUUAUGUCCAAAAUAUACUUAUUAAAUAAAGAGGAGGCUUUAAGAGAAAUACCAGAGAGAACAGAUCGAAGCUUCUCCUCCAAAGUCAAAUGUUAGGACUUAUGCAAAGAUCUUCAUUAACAUUUAGCUUACAUUCUCGCACUACCUAUAUGUUCCUAUUUGAAUCAUUUGCAAGAUCUUGUUGAAGUACUGACACGUCCUGGUCCUGACAGCAGCCAAUCAGACCGCAGAACAAACAGGAAAAGGAAGCAACAUGACCUGUCUGUAUGUUGUUCUGUACUUUGAGACUGGUCAAACGGUCAGUGUGAUAGGGGGAAUGCACUUCACACUGUCAGGCCAAAUGAGGUCUGUCUGGUUUCAUUUUGGCCAAAGUACUCUCCAAACUCAAAGUCCAUAUUUAGACAAGAACGCUCCAAAUGUGGAGUUUGGAAAUGUUCUCCCUCUGCCUGUUUUUAUGAGGUUGCAAAGGCUGCAGAUUAAGAAUAUUUUCGGUAUCGAUGAAAUAUGAUAAAAUGAGUCAAAGGGAAAAUUGCAACUGCUCUAGAAGAUGCAAAUUCAAACUCCCCAAAAAAUGCAAUAUCCAACUUCCGAAUAAAGUGAGGAAGCUCCCAAGGACGCUGAUUGAACCCCCUCUAACGCAGGAUUAAACCCCUGACAACAUGCUAGAUCGAACCUGAAACAUUGCUAGAUGGAACUCCUAAAUAUUCGAGAUCAAACUCCAACAAUGCAAGAAACAAAACCUAACAACUCAAGAUAGAAAACCAAACCAUGCAGGAUGGAUCCCCAAACAACCCAAGAUUAAACCCCCAAGUGUUUGAGAUCAAAACCCCUGAAAAUAUUCAAAUUCUAACCCCCUCAACAACAGCAGCUUCAACUCCCUGCAAUGCUUUGAAUAAGUCCUUAUUGAAAGAGAGGUUUCUUAAAGCUGCAUCUUCAGCCCGACAGUGGAAGCUUCUUAUUUCCUUUCCACCUGAAACCAUUUAUCUGAAGGAGUAAGCCAACUAAUUCCCUUAGGAAACAAUAAAAAGCACAUCAAUUUUAAGUGACACAAACCGAUGGAUGCAUCCCCAGAAUGGAAGGUUGGAAAUGACUUCUGUUUGCUGAUUGGCCGAGCACUCGGUUUUGAGAAAUCCUGUUAACACUAGCAACAUCUGUGGAGUCAAAAAAGCCUUAAUCUGUUCUUUAUUCCCAAAACACAUCGGGAUCUGACUGAAGGACAGACUGGACCUGAAGUUUAAAUGUGUUGUGUCUUGGUUUGCUGGUAAACUUCAGCCUCUCGUUUACCAGCGUGCCGUCAGAGCAGGCGACCGCUGCCGGUGUUUUCUGAACUCGUCGAUCAGGCCGAGCGAGUGAAGCUCUAGAGCUCUGUUCUGAUUGGCUCUUCUGUUUUGCAUGGGGGCAGGGAUUGUAUAUUUGUGGGACCUGAUGAAAUAAAUGGUUAUUUUGGUGGAAUUUUACCCCAAAAAUGGCCUUAAUCCGGUGAAUCGACGUGAGUAUUAACAUGUAGGAAAGCAAUGUGAGCACACAACAUGAGAUGUACUAAACACAGUGCAAUAAACAGACGGAUCAACAUGUGCUUAUAUUUUCCACAUGCUUCUGUUGUCUGGGAAGGAUCACAUAAUGACUUUUGGUGCUUACCUUACUUUUCUUCCACUGGAUUAAGGUCAUGGUGUUGUAAAGUUUCACGUGAUCUUUUUAUGGCAAAUGCUCUAGUGACGUCUUGUGAUUCUGCACGUACAAACUAAACCCGUGCAGGAUGGUUCAUGAGCGUACUGUACGGUUAAAGCUUCUUCAAAUGUUGGGGAUUUUUUAAGAAGUUGGCACCAAAACGGGACAAAAUCCACAUGAAAUGACAACCAAUGAAACUGGAAACCUUUGACUUUUGAGGGAAUCUUCUUAAAUACUAAUCCAUUGAUAAUUACUAAGACUUGUUGUACUAUAAAAAGCUGUCUUUGUAUGGCCUUCAUUCAUUUAAACAUGAGGUGUUGUUUUAUUUAAAGCAGACUAAUAGUGAAAUUAGUUUCAAAUUCAUCGAGAAGCCUUUUAUUUUACUUCAAAUCCUAACACAAAAUCUCUCAAAGCAGAUAAGGGUUAUACAUUUUUCUAAGCAAUUCUGAUUUGGUUAGAAUUAAAAAUGGUAUCUUUUUAAUUCUAACCAAUGAAAUGCAAGAGUUGAGUUUAGUGAUCAAAUCUAGGUCCAAUAACAAAUGAAGAAACCAAGAACUAACAUUCAUUUUCUGUCAGUAAAAGGAGCGAAUUGAUCCUUUAAUUGGUUGAGUUUAAGCUUAAUGGGAGGUCUGAUCUGAUUGGCUGACUGGGUGUCUCUGGUUUUGUCGCCUCUCUUCGUUGUGACCUUUCCGUGUGUGUGUUUGUACGUGCAGAGAGAACACGCGCAGACGGCCGUCACUUUGAACCUGUUUGUACGUUAUUGUUUGACUCAGUUGAUAUGAUGUGUUUUAAUAGAAACAUGCUUGUGUAUGAUACUAAUUAAAUACUACGGAGAAACAA